AUGGCCUCCUCUUCAGAUACUGAAGUGACGGACACCUUGGAUCCUUUAGCAAUUGUGUCGAACGAUGAGAUUAUGACAGAAAGUGAGGUGCACACUUCGAAUACCACCAGCACGGAUGAGGAUGAUUUCCAGCUCUUCUCGCUACCCGGUGCUGCCGCCGAGCUCGCUGAUGGCCCUUUGGCCGUGGACAUACCACUCGUAGAAAUCCCUGCCCCCAUACCUUUGGCCGUUUAUCCUGCUUACGAUAUACUUCUCGACGCCGAGGCUGAUGACGAGCCCCUAAAGGAUGAUGUUCAGGACACCAUGGUUUCUUCUUCCGACACAGGAGUAUCAGACACAGUGGAUCCCAUGGUGGUUGUGUCAAACGACGAGAUACCAUCAGAGGGAGACCCGUUCGCUCUGCCAGACAUCGGAGUUGAGAUACAGCCUGCUGAUGGCAUACCUGCUGGGGAUCUACCUCUCGCGGUGAUCCCUGCUCCCGUUCCGCUUGCUGCUUUCCCCGUGGCGGAUGUGCCACUCGAUGUCGUAUCUGAUGACGACAUUGAUCUGUUCGAGGAGGGUCCCCCUGAGGACGACUAUGAGGGCGGUGCCCCGAUUGAUGCUGAUGCUGUCCUUCCUAUUGCUGAGGCCCCCGUAGAGGAGGUUCCUCUUGGUUCACCUGUCCCAGACUCGUUGGAGUCUGUGGCAUCCGCGUCCCUGCAUGACCAGGGUGUGCAGCAUCACUCUCCUGAUGCCGACGUAGCGAUGUCAGCUGCACCUGGUCCGUCACACGAGUUUGAGUUUGACCACGAGGUCGAUGACGAUUUUGAUCCAGUUUUUCCUCCUGACUUUGAUCCUGACCAUGACAUCGAGUUUAUUCAUUUGGACCAGCCUUUAGAGGCGCCAAUGGCUCCCAUUGAUCCGUUGUUUGACAUUCCUGCCGAUUUUGAUAUGGACCUUGUUGACUCUGAGCCUGUCAUGGCCCUAGAGCCCGUUGUUGCUCCCGAUCCUGCACCAGAGCACGACCCUGUUCUUGAUGAUGCACCAGCUCUUGCACCACCCAUUGCUGACCUUCCCGUUGUUGCUCCACCAGUGGUGGAUGAUCCUGUUGUUGAUGCACCUUUACCCGAUCCCGUGCCGGCUUUGGUUGACCGUGCACCAUUCGCCGCUCACAUAGAUCCUCGUUAUGCUGACACCUGUAACGGGUGGAUCGAGGAUGAUGACGACUAUCUACCGUUUGUGCUACCGGUCACUCAUCCAGUAGCACCUGUUUCUGCACCCACUGAGUUUCCAUUGUUCCACCCACACACCACUGACGUCCAUCGCACUGAUCUUCCCAUCACGUUCCUCCAGGACAUACCGCAACCUCGUCCUGGAGAGGGUUCAUCGAGGCAGCCGCCUGUUUCUGUUCCACCCGUACUGUCAUCAUCUUUUCCAUUUCUGUCACAGUUUCCUCAUGUUGCACCACCUACUGCACCAUCAUUCGUACCAUCGGGCGAGCCGUUUUUGUGGACUACGCCCCCUGUUAUGCCAUUAUCUGACCCGUACAACCCAUUUCAUGUGGGGUACACUACGGAGGAUAUACUUGCGUCGCUGCAGCUACAGCAGGACGCACUGAGCCAUCGUAUUCAGGAGUUAGAGAGAGCUCCACGUCCGCCUUGUCACUGUCAGACCCCCUUUGCAGCACCACACACUCCCCGUCCGCUUUCCCCUGAUUCAGACGUUCGUUUCUUGACAUCUGAGCAGCAGAUUGCAUAUUUGUUGCGCGUCUGUCGUGCCUUAGAGGAGGACUGGAUGCACAUGCGUCGCUUGCUUUUCUCUCAUUUUCCCCCUCCUCUUCCGCCAUCAGCAUAG